CUCCCUAUGAGUCUAUUGAUGCAGCGGAGGUCACCAAUACGACAUGUCUCAUCAGAUCGUUCAGAUUCUCCGGUGAGGAAGAGGAGGAGUCCUCCUCGGAGGAGUCCAUCUCGGAGAGAAAGGUCACCUGAGAGGCGCAGAACCUCUCCAAGAAAGAGGUCACCUGUUAGAACCAUUUCUUCUCACAGGGGGAAGUCACCCUCGAAAGAGAAAUCAACUCGUGGUAGGUCUCCAAAACCUGGAAGGUCGGUCUCUUCUGUAUCACGUUCUCCUUCUCCACACACAAAACGCCUGAAAAGAGCUCAGGCUGAGCGCGAGGCUGAUAGAUUUACUGACAGGGAGCGUGAGCGGAAUAAUGUCAGGGAAAGUGAUAGGGGGAGACAUAAGGAAAGGGGUGUGGACAGGGAAGCUCUCAGUGACAGGGAAAGGGGUGUAGACAAGGAAAUUCCAAUUGAGAGAACUGAGAGGAGUGAUAGAAGUGAGAGGAGAUCCGCAAGGGAUAGAGAUGAUAAGGGUUCAUCUAGGUCAAGACAUGGGCGGUCAACCUCACCAACUGAUCAUGGUCACAGGAACAGACACAGUUCCCGUUCACCUCUGAGUGCUGGAGCACGCCAUGAGGUAGCAUACCCAAGAGGAUCUGAGCAGAGCUGGGAUGAGGAUAAGGAUUCAGUAGCUAAAAUGAAGGCUACUGAGGAGGCCCUGGAAGAAAAGCAAAAGCAAAAACCAUCCUUUGAGCUGUCUGGGAAGCUUGCUGCUGAAACAAAUCGUGUUAGAGGUGUAACAUUGCUAUUUAAUGAACCACCUGAUGCUCGGAAACCAGAUAGAAGAUGGCGACUGUAUGUUUUCAAGGGCGGUGAAGUGUUAAAUGAACCCCUAUAUGUGCACCGCCAAAGCUGUUAUCUUUUUGGUAGAGAAAGGAGAGUGGCAGACAUCCCAACAGAUCACCCUUCCUGCAGCAAGCAACAUGCCGUCAUCCAGUUCCGGCAAGUGGAGAAAGAACAAACUGAUGGAACAUUAACAAAGCAACCGAGAGUAUGUAAUUCUGCACGAGAACUCAGCAGAGUAACUAGGAUUGGUCUGACCCAUGGAUUCCUUGAGCUGCCCUAUUGUGAUUUUGCCCUCUGGUAUGUGAAGGAUCCAGGCAUAUUCUUCUUGCACUUGUUGCCUGGGCAUUCUGAAUUUGGAGUUGGAUUGGGAAUUGGUAAUGAUGGCAUUAAGAUCAGACUCCGGAUUUUGGCUCAUUUCCCCAUAUUUGGAGAAAUUUAUUGUAAAAUGCUGAUUGUGUUUGAUUUUGUGUUAAUUUUAAAACAAACAUUGACAAAUAGAUUAUUUGAUAUUUUAUGAUCAAACAAAGUCCUAAAAAUGU